AGUCAUGUGAGUUGCGAAGCGGAAGUUUGGUCAGAGCCAACAUGGCCGCGGUGCACAAUUGUCAUUUCUGAAGUCUCCUGCAGUUAAGAUUUUAUAUUUUAAAUCGCUUCCUGGUAAAGAUUGUUCUUAGGAAGUAGCAUUUUUUAUUAAAGCAACAAAAUGGAGUUUGAAUAAAAUUCACAGCUCGGUGUGACGAAGACGACAUUUGAAGCGGCGGCAGCGAGAAGAAGGAAGCGAGAGCCCUUACUCAUCUUCCCAGCGGCGGCCAUGUCUCUGAGCGAGCAGGCGUCGGACGUGGUGCCGUUCUUCUCCGAUGAGAGCGAGGCGGAGGGUCCUGAGGAGCAGGGCGGGGGGGCUCCGCGCCCGCAGGAGGAGGAGGAGGCGAGCGGCGUGUCGAAGGUCCGAGCCCUGCUGACCGUCCUCGUCCUCUGCUACAUCAACCUGCUCAACUACAUGGACCGUUUCACUGUGGCAGGUGUUCUCCCCGACAUCGAGCACUUUUUUGGGAUUAACGAUGAGAAAUCCGGCCUGCUCCAAACUGUUUUUAUCUGCAGCUACAUGUUCUUGGCUCCUGUGUUUGGUUACCUGGGCGACAGGUACAACAGGAAGUACAUCAUGAGCAUGGGCAUCAUGUUCUGGUCCCUGGUGACUCUCGCCAGUUCCUACACCCCCAAAGAGCACUUCUGGGCCCUCCUGCUGACCCGGGGCCUGGUGGGCGUCGGAGAGGCCAGCUACUCCACCAUCGCCCCCACCAUCAUCGCAGACCUCUACGUGAAGGAGAAGAGGACCAACAUGCUCUCCAUCUUCUAUUUCGCCAUCCCUGUCGGCAGUGGGCUGGGAUACAUCGUGGGGUCUCAGGUUGGAAACAUAGCGCAUGACUGGCACUGGGCUCUGAGGGUGACCCCAGGCCUGGGUCUGGUUGCCGUGGUGCUGCUGCUGCUGGUGGUGCAGGAGCCCAGGAGAGGGGCGAUCGAGGCCCGGACCGACCUGCACCACACUAGCUGGCUGACCGACGUCCAGGUGCUCAGCAAGAA